AUGGCUCAAAAAGACGUGUUCGCGGAGGACCAGCAGGCCCGACAGGACGAGCUCGACGCGCUGGUCAACAGUCUUGCACUGCCAUCGGACCUACCGGCACUGCAGAUAUUUUUGGCCGGAGAAGCCACUCAGAAAGAUAAGAUUAAGCAGCUUAUUAAUUUUCUGGCUGACAACACGGCGCUAGAGCCGCAAGAUGAACUAAUGGCAAAUACGGACAUCUUCGCUGACGAACAGGAAAAGAAACAAAAGCAACUGGAUGAAAUCGUCGAUACGCUUUCUGACAUCAGCACUGCUUUGCCUCCAGCGGCUGCGACAAGCACAGCAUUUCUUGCCACAAACGCUUUCGAUUUAGACGUUACCAACACACCGACUUCGGUUAUAAAUGUGGUUGGAAGUGCCUUCGUGUUACUCGUGGCAGCCGUGGUUUUGGCAAUCGUCACCAAGCGCUCGCGCUCAAAAAUGGAGGCAGUAGAUGAAACCAAGAAUUCUAGCUACCGUAUCAUGUACGACUGA